CAGCACCUGUGGUUCGAGAUCUCAAGCAGAUCUGUGGACGAUGGAUGGUGAAGAGCGACCACCCGUGAAAUGUUGCUGAGCUGAACCAAAGAUAUGCUCAAACGAGCCAACAGCCUUCCCAGCAGCCGAUUUUUGCGCCAUGUGUGCCUUGCGCUCGCCCUCGGCCUCACAGGCAGCCUCACCGAGCCCGCCGCAUUCGUCGCCCCGUCACCGAGGACUCCCUGGCUUCUGCAGCAGACCACCCGGAGUCGCCACAUGCGUCUGCACAGCAGGUGGCGGCACAGCAGCAGAAUGCCAUCACGAGACCAGCCCGUGCACCCGAGAAGCGAGGCAUCUGACGAUGAAGGUGAUGGAGAGGCGGGCUGGCCUGACCAGCUCAUGAGGCGAUUUCUGGAGACCAGCUCGUCCGUGAUUGGGGAUUUUUCACGCUCCGUGUGGGUGUUGGCUGCCCUGCCUCUGCUCUGGCUGAUUGCUGAUCCGAGCUGGAUCACAUCGCUCUCGUCCUCCGUCGGCCAAGUGCUGCAAACCAGCCACACGACCACAUCAUCGACAGCAGCGGGAGGAGAUGCCCGUCCUGUGUCCCUCUGGCCGCCCCCCGCGUAUGCGGACGAUGAGCUGCGGAAGUUUGCGGACAACGGCAACCCGGUGGCUGUGGACCCGCUGUGCUUCGUGCGUCGGUGUCAGCUGCAGACCAAGGCGUGUGCUGCCGACCGGUCCUGCAUGAAGGGGCUCACCUGCCUCGCCAGAUGCAGGGGCGACUCCAUGUGCUCUACCAGUGAGUGGAUGAUGGAGAGGCAGAUCAGGGAGAAACAGAUAGACGAGGAGGGUGUGUUGGUCGGUGUGUGUAGGUUGCUUUUCCCGUUUCGGGUCGAGCACAUUGGAUGCGUUUCUGACGUGCAGUGUGGAGAAGGAGGGGUGCGUCAAUGUGCCGCGGGACCUGGGGCCCGCCACGUGGACAUCACCCAAGGAAGACCAGGCACCGUAGGCGACACAGACAGACAGACAGACAGACAAACCACACCACACCACACGGGCACCGCAUCUCUAUCUACGCGGCGUUGUUCUGUGUGUGUGACGUAUAGUGGCCCCGUUGAUGAUUUCGACGUCGCAUCGAUGGAGGGUACCUGGUACAAGGUGCUCGGCAUGAACUCACGGUCAGCCAGCAAAGAGGGCGGAGGAAAUGGACACAGAAAGACGUCACCGGCUGCCCUGCCCCACUUUCCUGUGCGGGUGUGGUGUGCAGGUACGACUGCUUCGACUGUCAGAAGAACACCUUCACGCCAGCUGAAGAGCCAAACAGUGAGGGAGCAGAUAUGUCAGUCUCUUUGGUGUCGAUGCAUGUGUGACAUGCAAUCCUCGUUCGUGUCGUGUGUGUUGUCUGUCUGUCUGUCUGUCUGUGCAGAGCCGUGGCGUGUCGCUGUGGAGUUCAGUCUGCCUCGUCCGCGUGGCGGUGCGUGGAACAACCGCGUUAGCGAGGACAUGUUCCCGGAGGCCACACCAGACAUGCGCAAGCAGAGGAGCUACCGCACCAAAGGAGAAAUGUUCGGACUCACUUUCUGGGAAAACUGGUGAGCUCAGCUCAGUGGACCCUCCCUCCCAUCACCCACACCCACUCACCCACCCACCGCACACACACGUGUGCUGACCGAUCCAUGUGGCCUCAGGUACAUUAUCGGCCAGCGUGACGAGGGCCCCGACCCCUACAAGUUCGUCUACUACACGGGCCACACGCUCCAGGGCAACUACCGCGGCGCGUUCGUCUAUGUCCGCACUCCCACCUUACCCCAGAGCAUCGUGCCAGAGCUCACCCAGGUGGCCGAGCGGGCCAAGCUCAAACUGGCCGACUUCUGCGUCAUCGAUAACGACAAAGUCGGAAGGAGGCAAGACGGAGAGAGGGAAAGGGAGAGGGAGAGGGGGGGCAUGCGGCUGGCGAGGACCACCGGCAAGGCAGCCAAGGAAGACAUUGAUCGAGGUGGGUGGGUGGGAGAUGAACCAGGCAGGCAUUCUUUUGUGAACCGACCAUCGAUCCAUCAAUCUCUCCCUCCAUCCAUGUAUGUGUGUGUCAGAUGCGAACCUGCGUUGGUUCACGAGUCGGUCCAUCCCGUUGUGGAACUACCGCUUCUUCGAGCUGACUCGACUGCUGGCCGAGGAGUUCAGCGACUGGUUCGAAGACCCUUCCAUCACCUCACAGUGGCUCGUCGAACAGCAAAGACGGUACGUGACACACUUCACUUCAUCCCCCAGAAACACCCACCACCCACACCCUCACCAUAAUUGCCCUCAAGAUUACCCUCCGGUUUGUCUGUCCAUCCAGGGUGAUCCUGACUCAGCCCUUUGCCGUGUCGCCCUUCGCAGAGAACCCCUUGGGCACCGACGCGUCCGUCAACAUCGACCCCACCGAGUAUCUCCUCAGCUCCGGCAACGUCCGCAACGAGCAGCUCCGCGAGAAGGUCGAGACGCUCGAGGAAAUCUUCGAUGCCAAGGCCACUGUCGACCCCAUGGACACCUCAUCGGUGGAAGGGCUGCUUUCUCUCAAUGGUGAGGCGAUGCCCGUGGAGGUGCUCAACACCAGAGGGCGCAGCAGCAGCCCCUUCACGACCACCCCAGCAUCACGGCGGAUGUCACUCAUGCUGGCCAGGCGGGGAGCGGACGGAUCGGCCGUGCGGCCUCCGUCGCAACUGGACAUCCCCCCUCUCCCCGAUGAGCUGGAGAUGGAGGUCUUGCUUCCGCCAGCGCAGUUCCUCACCGCCGAGCAGCGGGCCUUCAUCCGGCAGUACUCGAGGCGGCCCUGCCUCUACAGGCCGACCACACAACAGCAGCAGCAGCAGCAGCCGUCGACGGCUGCUGCGUCUGCGUCGAGGGUGCUGCCGGGAUGGCUGGGCCGCAUCACCAAUGUCAACAACAGGGUGCCGACGGGCGGGCCGGGGAUGGCCGAGGCCGCCAUGCCCUGACGGACAUUGCCAGCCCACGUAGUUAGAUACAUCCUGUAGCUAAUGGGCCACGCAGGCUGGCAGGGAUUUUUAAGGCUUUCUCAUUACCACUAGCUAGCUAGUAUUAUGAUCCAUCCAUCCAUACGCUGGUUGUUUGUGUUGCCUUUGCUGCUGAUAAGGUGUGGUUUGUGUGGUGGGUGGUUUGUGUGGAUGUACAGGGGGCAAUACGGGCGGGGGGCAGCUGGUUGUGGAUACACAGCACCCAUCGCAUCGCAGCGAUCGAGGGAGGGCUGUGACUAGCGUAGACAGAGAGAAACAGAGAGAGAGAGAGAGCCCUGAGUGUUGUGGAUAGACAGACAGCGAGCGACAGGAUCAUACAUGUUUGCUGCGGGCGUCAUUUCGAGGCGAGAGUAGGCGAGAGUUCGGUUGACGAGUCGAUUGAUUGUACGAGAAAGGGGGCAUUCAUUCAAAACGGACGGACGGCUGCACGCAUGCAUCGAUGGGCGUGGCAUGCGCCGCUCGAGUCAGUCAGUCAGUCAGAGUUUGGACGGACACAAACCCAUAAGUAGUACUGAAUAGAAUAGAAGGGUGCGGUGCGAUCAACCAUGCCGCCACCACACCAGGAC